AAUCUCGACCCGGAAGUGAUAUUAACGUUGUGGAAACGUGAUUCGAGCGGCAGUUCUGCUGUUGUACGUUUGAGCAAAUUUGAGAAGCCGAAACUUGUUCAAACAUGAGUUUGUUAAACAAGCCCAAGUCUGAGAUGACUCCAGAGGAGCUCCAGAAAAGAGAGGAGGAAGAGUUUAACACCGGCCCCCUUUCUGUCCUCACACAGUCUGUGAAGAAUAACACACAAGUUCUUAUCAACUGCAGAAAUAACAAGAAGCUUCUGGGCAGAGUCAAGGCAUUUGACAGGCAUUGUAACAUGGUGCUAGAAAAUGUUAAAGAGAUGUGGACCGAGGUGCCCAAGAGUGGGAAAGGCAAGAAGAAGUCCAAGCCAGUAAAUAAGGAUCGCUACAUCUCAAAGAUGUUUCUGAGAGGUGAUUCGGUCAUUGUUGUUUUGAGGAACCCACUUAUCACGGGGAAAUAGGCUUGAUGCCUGAAACCUCAGUUCUAGUACAGGCACCCUCCUGGGACGCUCGACUCUGAUUGACUUGUAUUAGACCAUUCAAGAAGCAAAUUCUUUUAUACUCGAAACAGUACACGUUUGCCACAUUUGCCUUGUGCAGUGUCACGUGAAAGAUACUCAUGAAAGCUUGUCUGUUGCCUGGGCUGAAAUAUGACAAAAUUUUCCAUCUGUAUUUUUGUUUGUUUGUUUUCAAGCUGUCAUAGAAAUGUACUAUUGUUUAGUCGUGCGGGAAUUGUUUUCUAAAUAAAGUUUUGGUUAUUCAAACCUU